AUGACUUGGGAAAUUACGUCGCCAUGUUACAGCGUGCAGGAGACGACCUAUGGCCAUUACACAGAGGAGCUCUCACAAUUUGCCAGGAAAGAAGCCGCCAAGUUACCGCAAGAGAGGAAAAGCAUCAGCACAACCAAACCACCUGAUGUACAGAGGGAGUGCUACUCCAAGUGCCACGCCUGUCUGCAAAGGGUAAAAAAAUAUUUCAUCAAAAAGUUGGGCGAGGACUGGAUCUUCCUGGUUCUGCUGGGUCUUGUGAUGGCGCUGGUCAGCUGGAGCAUGGACUAUGCCAGUGCGAAAAGUCUACAAGCCUACAGAUGGAUGUAUGAAGGAGCCGCCGUGCAUAACGUCUGGUACCAGUACAUGGCCUGGGUGUCGUAUCCGGUGGUCCUUAUAGUGUUUGCGGCUGUUUUCUGUCACAUUGUAGCUCCGCAGGCCAUAGGUUCUGGCAUUCCGGAGCUGAAAGUCAUUCUCCGAGGAGUCGUGCUGAAGGAGUAUUUGACGCUCAAAGCGUUUGUAGCCAAAGUGGUCGGACUGACAGCCUCUUUAGGGAGUGGGAUGCCCCUGGGCAAAGAGGGCCCGUUUGUGCACAUCGCCAGUAUCUGUGCCGCAGUGCUUAGCAAGUUCAUGUCCGUCUUCUGUGGCGUGUACGAGGACUCCCACCGGAGCUUGGAUCUUUUGGCCGCUGCCUGUGCUGUGGGGGUUGGAUGCUGCUUUGGUGCACCUCUUGGAGGUGUGUUGUUCAGCAUUGAGGUGACCUCCUCCUAUUUUGCGGUAAGGAACUACUGGCGUGGAUUCUUCGCCGCCACCUUCAGUGCCUUUAUCUUCCGUGUCCUGGCUGUAUGGAACAAAGAUGCGGUUACCAUCACUGCACUAUUCCGCACUAACUUUCGUAUGGAGUUCCCCUUCGACCUACAAGAGUUACCGGCCUUUGCAGUUAUUGGGAUCUGCUGCGGGUUUCUCGGCGCUUUCUUCGUCUACCUGAAUCGACAGGUGGUGCUUGGCAUUAGGAGUAACCAGACCUUGAGUACCUUCCUAAGCCACAAUCGAUUCAUCUAUCCGGCGGUGAUCACAUUCGUCAUAGCAACGCUCACCUUCCCUCCAGGAUUCGGGCAGUUCAUGGCUGGGGAGCUCAUGCCCCGGGAGUGUAUCAGUGUCCUGUUUGAUAACCACACAUGGACGAAGCACGUGGGGAACACCUCCGGCUUGGGACGCUCUGCUGCCUUCAUCCACCCAAACAUCAGCGUCUUUGUAACGCUCCCCCUCUUCUUCAUCAUGAAGUUUUUGAUGUCCGUCGUUGCUACUACGAUGCCCAUACCCUGCGGUGCCUUCAUGCCGGUGUUUGUCCUCGGUGCCGCUUUCGGAAGAAUUGUCGGGGAGUUGAUGGCUUUCCUCUUUCCCAACGGAAUCUUGUUUGAUGGGAUUGUGUAUCAGAUUUUACCCGGGGGCUACGCUGUGAUUGGAGCGGCCGCGCUCACCGGAGCCGUCACCCACACGGUGUCCACCGCCGUCAUCUGCUUCGAGCUGACUGGUCAGAUAUCGCACAUCCUGCCCAUGCUCUUCUCCGUCAUCAUGGCGAAUGUGGUGGCGCAAAACCUCCAGCCGAGCCUCUACGACUCCAUCAUACAGACGAAGAAGCUGCCGUACCUGCCGGACCUGUCCGGCUGCUCCGUCAGUAAAUACAACAUUUUUGUAGAAGACAUCAUGAUGGGGAAUGUGCGCUACGUAUCUUCCCGCUGCACCUAUAGAGACCUCAUGCACGUAGUGAAGACCUGCACGCACAAAACGCUCCCUCUAGUGGAGUCUCCUGAUUGCAUGGUGCUCCUUGGGUCAAUCGAGAGGUCGGAGAUCACAGACCUACUGGAGAGAGUCCUGAGCAAGGAGAGGAGGCUGAAGAUGGCGUCCCCUCCAUACAAAGGUCAGAGGUCAGCAAGGCCAGGGGGAAAGCGGGACUCCUUCCGCUUCGUGGAUGAAGAAGAGACGGGAGGCGAGGAGGAGGAGAAGAAGGAGCCAAUGGAAGAAUGCAACGGACCCAUUUCUCCAACUAAUUCUGGCGAACCGACCAGUGACCCUUCACAGCCAGCCACUUGCUGUCAGAGACUGCGCACUUCCCUCCAGAGGGUCUUCUGCCGUUCUAGUGCUGAGGACGCCAAAGUACAAGACGCACCGCAGGAAUCUGAGCCUGAAGACCCGAUGACACCAGAGGAGAUUGCAGUUUGGGAACAGCAGGAGCUCGGGAAGAUCGCCUCCUUUGACAGCUGUUUAAUAGACCCGUCACCGUUCCAGCUGGUGGAGAGGACCUCCCUUCAUAAGACCCAUACACUGUUUUCACUGCUCGGCCUCAGCCAGGCUUAUAUCACCAGUGGAGGGAAGCUCAGGGGAGUCAUCGCUCUAAAGGAGCUACAAAAAGCCAUAGAAGGCACAGCGCAGUCCGGAGUCCGGCUACAGCCCCCGUUUGCCAGUUUCCGGGAUGCCAGCCGCAACUUGUCCCAGAGGAAAUCCCAAAGGGCCGUUCCGAAGUCCCCACCUUCCCCCGAUCCUUCCAUGGUUCCCGAUGACGCAGCCACGUCGGCGGCCCCCGAACUGACCCCGGACUCCGAGUUGGACGAUCUGUCCGGUCAAGGAUCGGAAAACGUGUCGCAGAUCCUGAGGGACUUCCAGGUGUCUGCGGAACACAGUGACGAUGAUGCGCCACUGUAGUCUAGACCCAUAAUCCCACGGGGCAGAGUAUCCCACCCAUGAUUUUUGUUCAAGGGGAGCAUGGCUAUUUUUGGGAAGCGGAAGAUGUGACGAAGGUUUUGAACGCAGGACGCUUUCUGUGACGAAUUUCAUUUAAAAAAAGGGCCCUUUUGGGAGGCCUCGGGAAUGCUUUACAUACUUACAUUAAGUACGUGCCAACGUUUAU